UUCAACUUCAGGACAGGUCGCUUAGAUUGGGGGUGCGUAAUUCACCACCACAGGCCGUUGUGACUUGACCCGAUCGACCCUGCUGCGAUCGACCACAAUCCUUUUGCAGGCUCUGGUGGCAGUACAGAUUGGUGCAGUUCAAGUGCCCUUUUCUUCUUUCCCCUUUUUUUCUCUGCCAAUUGAUUCUGGUACAUCACCAUGCGCUGGACCUCACUUCUUCUCCCCUUCUCCCUCCUGGGCGCAGGCGUGCUGGCCGCAAAGUCCGACCCGGCCAACACCUUCCAGAACUUCCACCAGAAGGCCCUGUCCAGCACUCCCAUCAAGCUCGACGAUGUCUCCUACAAGAAGGUUACUGGCCUUCCUCGCGACUACACCGUUGCUGUUCUCCUGACGGCCCUGGACAGCCGCUAUGCCUGCCAAAUGUGCCGGGACUUUGACCCGGAGUGGAAGCUGCUGAGCAAGUCCUGGACCAAGGGCGACAAGGCCGGUGACUCUAGGACCCUCUUUACCACCCUGGACUUCAAUGAUGGUCGUGAGACCUUCAUGUCUCUCGGACUGCAAACCGCCCCUGUCCUCAUGCUCUUCCAACCCUCGACUGGCGAGUUCGCUGUUGCCAACACUGACCCCGUGCGAUUCGACUUCACUACUGGUGCGCCCUCCGCGGAAUCAGUCAGGAACUGGAUGGGCCGGUACCUCCCAGGCCGCCCAGUCCCCGAGGUGAACCGGCCCACCAACUGGUUUGCCAUCAUCCUCUCAAUCACCACCGUUGCUGGCAUGGUCACCACCCUUGUGACGGCAUGGCCCUACAUCGGCCCCAUCAUCCAGCACCGGAGGCUCUGGCAGUUCAUCUCACUGAUGACUGUCCUGGCUUGCACUUGUGGCACUAUGUUUAACAUAAUCCGGAACACACCCUAUGCUGGCCAUGAUGGAAAGGGUCACAUCUCCUUCUUUGCUGGUGGUUUCCAGACCCAGUUCCAGCUCGAGUCACAGAUCAUCGGUGCUCUUUACGGUGCCCUUGCCUUCUGCGCCAUCGUGCUAGCAGACAAGGCACCACGUGCAAAGAGCUACAAGUCGCAGCAGCUGCUGAUCAUCGUCAAUGCCGGCGCCAUGCUCGUGCUCUACAGCUUCCUGCUCAGCAUCUUCCGUGUCAAGAACGGCGGCUACCCCUUUGCUCUGCCUCCCUUCUUAUAAGAUCCCAGGGGAGGGGAGGGGCUGCUUGAUAAGACAGCAGCACAUCCGCGCCCUGCGGAGAUGGUUGGCCGUCGUGUUCCUUAUGGCCGGGCCGGAUAUCAAAAGUCUUUUGCAAUUUACAUUUGAACGGAGGUCGCAAAUAUUCGAGACCUUUGGAUGGAGUGGGCGUGGUCACACGCAUCCCAAUUCUCGCACGCCGGCCGAGGGCACCGGUUCAUUGUACAAUAGAAGAGAAAGAGGUCUUUCUGACCAAAUUAAGACAAUGGUAAAGCAACAAGUAUUUUCGA